AUGAAGUUCGGAAAGCACAUCCUCAGCCAGCAGAUCUCUGGCUGGGGCGCCUUCUACCUCGACUACAAGUUCCUCAAAAAGAUCAUCAACUCGCUCGAAAAGGGACGCCUCGCCGAUGCCGCCCUCUUUGCCACGGGAGUGCGGCCCGACUACGGCGCCAACGGCGAGCGCGCCGACUCGCCCGCCCAGCCGCAGCUGCUGCCCAAGAUCGAGGGUUCCGAUGAGCUGCAGAUCCACAAGGCCGCCUUCUUCUUCAAGCUGGAGCGCGAGCUCGAGAAGAUCAACACCUUCUACCUCCAAAAGGAGGCCGAGCUCAAGUCGCGCCUCAAGACGCUCAUCGACAAGAAGCGCCUCAUCUUCCAGGCGCGCAACUCGGCCAAGCUCUCCAAGGACUCGCCCUCGUACGUGGCGCUCUACGAGGGCUUCCGCUACUUUGAAAAGGACCUCAGCAAGCUGCAGCAGUUCAUCGAGAUCAACGCCACGGGUUUCCGCAAGAUCCUCAAGAAGUGGGAUAAGCGCUCCAAGUCGCAGACCAAGGAGCUCUACCUGGCGCGGCAGGUCGAGGUGCAGCCCUGCUUCAACCGCGAGUUCAUCGCCGAGCUGAGCGACAUCGCCGCCGCCAACCUCCUCGAGCUCGAGAACCUCUCGCACGGGCGCGGCUGGGCCGACGCCACGAGCCCGGCCAGCGGUGACCUGAGCGCCGACAAGAAGCUCGACUUUGCCGCGGCCCAGAGCCAGGACUUUGACGCCCUCGCCGAGCUCGAGGCCAACCUGGCCGAGGCCAUCAAGGCCGGCCGGGUCGGGCCCGCCGCCGAGAUGGUCCGCAUCGCCGCCCAGAACGAGGACGCGACCAGCGUCUCGCGCAUCGUCUGGCGGGCGCUGCUCGAGUCGCCGCCGCCCGCCGUCGAGGCGGCGCUCGCCCAGGGCCUCGCCGACUAUGGCUUCGUCGACGACAUCAGCUCCCGCACCUGCCUGCACGAGGCCGCGCUGGCGGGCAAGCUCCAGCUGGUCAGGGCCUGCGUCGACAACGGCGUCGAUGUGGCGAGACAGGACAUCUACGGCCGCACCGCCCUCUCGUACGCGGCAAUGACCGGCCACACCGACGUCUGCGCCCACCUGCUGUCGCUGCCCUCGGUGACGGCGGCCACCUACGACCUCGACGGCUUCUCGCCGCUGGUGCUGGCCGUGAUGAAUGGCAAGACCGAAGCCGUCCGGAUCCUGCUCGACCACGGCGCCAGCGUCGAGCCACGCGACACGACCGACCUGAUCCCGCUCUGCCUCGCAUGCUCCGGCGGCCACGCCGACAUCACCCGCCUUCUGCUGCAAAAGGGCGCCAGGAUCGCGUCCAACGCCGAGGGCCUCUAUCCACAGGCGCUCGCCGCCCGGGCGGGCCACACGGCCUGCCUCCGGCUGCUCGUCGAGUCCGGGGCGGACCUGGAUGCGCCGGAAAAGGGCACGCAGUGGACGCCCGUCUUCUUUGCCGCCGAGAACGGCCACGUCGAGUGCCUCGAGGUGCUCAUCGAUGCCGGCUGCCGUGUCGGCCUGGUCGAUGAGAAGGACAGGAGUGCCGCCUUCUACGCCGCCUGGAACGGCAAGAUCGCAUGCCUGCUGCUAUUGCUCGACGCGGCGCAGAGGGCAGGACCCGACGAGGCCGCCGCGGACGAGGCGGCCAAGGCGGCCAAGGCGGCGGCCAAGGGUGUGGCCGCCAAGUCCAGGGCCAACAGCGCCGACGAGCCCAUGGACGAGCUCGACCUCGACGGCGAGAUGGACGGCAUCCCCUCGCUCUCGCUGCCCCCGCCCAUCAUCCCGUUCCGCACCUACGGCCACAACUACCUGGACAAGCGCAUCCUGGUUUCGAUCUCGCUGUCGAACAACUCGGUGCGCCUCUACAAGCAGCAGGACCCGAACCGGCCCGAGCAGUUUUCGACGUCGUCGCUGAAGCUGGUCAUGACGUCGCGGCCGGGCGAGUCGAACUCGGCCAUCCCGCACAAUGUGGUGCUGCCGCUCGCCGACGAGCGCGAGGUGUUCUCGUUCCAGGUCGACAGCCUCGAGACGUUUUCGGUCGAGUGGGAGCUCAUGCCGACGUUUGGGUCCAAGGUGAUUGGCAAGGCCGUGGCGCUGCCGAGCUCGUUUGAGGGCAUGACGGACCGCAAGCGGUUCGUGCUGCCGCUGCAGGACGUCUACCUCAAGGUGGUCGGCGAGGUCUCGUUCGAGCUCGACUUUGUCAAGCCCUUUGACAGCGUCCAGCUCGAGAUUGGCGGGCGUGUCGAGACAUACUGGAAGAGCAUGCUGCCGAGCACGUCGUCGGGCGGCGCGGCCGCCGGCGUCGGCGUCGGCCCGACGCGGAUGACGCCCAACAGCGGCGUCGGCGCAUCGUCGAUCCUGGGCCAGCACUUUGCCGCCUCGACGCCCGGCGAGUCGGCCAACGCCGCCGCGGCCUCCCAGCUUGCGACGCCGAUCCUGGCCGCACCUGCGCAACCCACGCUCGUCACCGGCUCGUCGAUAUCGGGCGAGUACCUGCGCGUUGUGGUGCAGGUCACGAGGGACGGCGUCGCUGUCGCCUGGCCGCACAGCUUCCUGCCGCUCAAAGGGCUCGAGGUCUACGUCGGCAGCGUCACUGCUGCCGAGUUUGUGUCGCUCGCCCAGUCCACCGGCACGCUGCUCGACUGGGACGCUGCGCAGGGCGAGCGCGCGUCGUGGGACGACUGGAAGACGGCGCUCAAGGGCCGCGUGGCGCCGCUCGAGAAGCUGUUCGAGAUCCUGCCCGUCUCGAUCGGUGUCGACAUCGAGGUCAUGUACCCAUCCACGGCCGAGGUCCGGCAGAAGCCGGGGAUGCCCAAGAUGGAGGUCAACGCCUUUGUCGACACGAUCCUGCACACCGUCUACGCCGCCGCCACGACCAACAAGGAGCAGAGCCGCAAGAUCCUCUUUUCAAGCACGAGUCCGACGGUGUGCACCGCGCUCAACUGGAAGCAGCCCAACUACCCGGUCUUUUUCGGCUCGCACUGCGGCAUCUCGGGCGAGGCGAGCCUGCGCGGGCAGCUGGAGCCGACGGCGCGGCAGGAGACGGACCCGCGCCGCGAGAGCAUCAGCGAGGCGGUGCGCUUCGCCAAGUCCAACAACCUGCUGGGUAUCAUGGUCGAGGUGGCGCUGCUCGACCACGUCCCCAACCUCGUCCACAGCGUCAAGGCCGCAGGGCUGCUCCUCAUCACCACGGGCAAGAAGCGCGCGAGACAGGCCACCGCGGCGUCGGUCGAGAUGCUCGACGAGGACAAGGCCGGCGUCGCAGAGGUCGACGGCGAGGUCGUCGAUGGUGUCGUCGUCUGCACCAGUUGA